AUGUAUGGGAAUUUGAUGAGGAGAGUGAAGCUUUUGAGCCCUUUGUUUGAGGAACUUAAAGAUAGUGAACAACAGCUUGAUGAUGGUGAUCUUAAAGGGUUACAGGCUUUGAGAGUUGCUUUGAAUUUGGCUUUGGAGGUUCUAAAAUCGGUCAACGAUGGCAGUAAGAUUUAUCAGUUAAUUGUUCCUUGUAAAUCUAUUUCUAUCGGCAAGCUGGUUAAUACGGAAUUCACAAAAAAUCAGUUUGUCAACCAUGAUAGAUGUGGUCAAUUCGGUAAACCUAUUUUCGGGGCUAUAGUGAAAUGCGAUAUUAAUAGUUUUUGUAAUCGUAAUUGGUGUAUAACCGAUGGAAAGUAUCAACAAGCAAUAGGAAUGUCAAUUGAAUGCCGAAGGUUGGAUAAACUUAGGGAAGCAAUUACAAAGAGUGCUAAUGUUCAUGCAACUCUGUCAUAUUGCACGGAUGUAUCUCAUGCUUUUGUGAAUAGGAGACAAUAUCGCCGUGAGGUACUUCUUCUUGUCAAAGUAUACCAAGAUCUUGCAUCCCCCAACUACUUAAACAUUUUCCAGUGCCUUAUGCUCCUCCAUCAACCUGAUGGUGUUGCAAGCAUACUCGAGAAACUUUUAAGAUCCGAAAAAAAGAUGAUGCGAUGA